AUGGCGACCUCUAAAGUCGCGAUCGUUACCGGCGCUGCGGGAGGCAUCGGCAUGGCGAUGUCGAAGCUCCUGAUCAGUAAAGGCUAUCACGUUGUUCUCGCCGACAUCGACGCUGAAGCAGGAGCCCAUGCCCAAGCAACAUUGGGCUCCAGCUCCCUCUUUGUCCAGUGUGACCUGGCGGAUUGGGACUCGCAAGCGGCAAUGUUCAAGGAGGCGUAUAAAUGGCACGGCCGAGUCGACAUGUGUGUCGCCAAUGCUGGGAUCGACGAGAAGGAGCAGUUUUACACCAUUCCGGAAGUUAACGCGGAGCCCCAAAAGCCGAAUCUCAAGGUCAUGGACGUCGACCUUGUGGCCGUCAUCUACGGCCUCAGGCUUUUCCGGUACUACUGGCAAAAGAGCGGCAACCUGGGACUCGGAAAGAUGAUCAUCACCAGCAGCAUGGCGGGAAUCUACGCUUUCGUUGCAGCGCCCAUGUAUUGCGCUGCUAAACACGCGAUUGUCGGGCUGGUGAGAGCAUCAUCGUUCAAGUUGCUGCAGACCGAGUCUCUUACCAUCAACACCAUCUGCCCUGGCCCAGUGGACACUGGAAUCAGCGAUCUCAUGAAGAAGGUGGUCCCAGCAGAGCAUUUUACUCCCAUGUCCGUGGUGUUGGGCGCGUUUGAGAAGUUUGUCGAGGAAAACGUGACUGGUCAAGUGGCAGAGUGCUCUAACCAGACCUUCUAUUUGCGCGAACCAGUGAACUAUUCGGACGAUAACUCAAGAUUCUUGAUUGAGGAUAUGAAGCGCUUCUCCUAA